AUGCGGCUAAUAACGCUCUUUCUCAGCCUGUUGGUUGCCUUCCAGUCGACACCGCUGGUGUCGGCGGUGAAGAUGAUCGAAUCCAACGCCCUGAAUUUGUGUCAGGAUAGCAGUAACUUCACUGCCACCUAUUUCAGUGUCCUCUUCACCCCGGAGAAUCGGACCCUCGAAUUCAGUUUCGACGGAGUCGCCGCCAUUUCUGGAAAGGUCGUGGCGGAACUGGUCCUGGAUGCCUAUGGUUAUACUGCUUUGAAGAAGGAAUUGGACCCUUGUGAAAUGAAUCUCCCGGGUCUCUGUCCUAUGAACACCGGUCCCAUCGAUGUUCCCAAGGCUCAGAUCGAGAUUCCGCAAGAUGUCGUGAAUUCGAUUCCCGGCAUCGCGUACACGGUUCCUGAUCUUGACGCCUCCGUCCGCAUUUACAUCAACUCCACGCAAACGGGCGAAACUAUCACCUGUGUCGAAGCCACCCUCUCCAAUGGAAAGACCGUGUAUCAGAAGGGUGUCGGCUGGACGACUGCAAUCAUCUCCGGUUUGGGCCUGGCCGCAUCUGCCAUUACAUCGGGUCUUGGCCAUUCCAACACUGCCGCCCACGUUGCCGCCAACGCGCUCUCCCUGUUCAGCUUCAUGCAGUCCCAGGCCAUGUUUGGCAUGAUCUCCGUCCACAUGCCCCCGAUCGUCCAGUCUUGGACCCAGAACUUUGCCUGGAGUAUGGGUAUUAUCCAUGUUGGAUUCCUUGAGACGAUCUGUACUUGGUAUCUACGGGCCACCGGCGGAACCCCUUCGACAACUCUCCAGAAACUAUCUACAACAUCCGUAGAAGUGCUCAAGCGGAAGAAGCGAUCUCUGGACACCGCCUCUGGUCUGCUCAAGAGGGCAUCAGAUCAUUUGUUCAGACGAGAUGGAGCGGAAUCCGAGACCGCGAACACCAAUACUGUCGUGGUCCGGGGUAUCACCCGUGUUGGGUUCCGGGCCGGUAUUGAGGAGACGAACAUCUUCCUGACCGGACUUAUCUUCUUCGUCGUAUUCGUCGCCCUGGUCAUGCUCCUUGUCGCUCUCUUCAAAGGCGUCUGCGAGCUCCUCGCCAAGAACGGUAAGAUGAAGAGUGACAAGUUCCAGGACUUCCGUAACGGAUGGAAGAUCGUCGCCCGUGGAAUCCUAUUCCGACUGACCCUGAUCGGCUUCCCCCAAAUGUGUGUGCUUUGCCUGUGGGAAUUCACACAGCAUGAUUCUGCCGCUGAAGUUGUCCUGGCUGUCAUCAUGCUCCUGUCGAUUCUUGCGGCAUUGGGAUGGGCUGCGUGCAAGGUCGUUAUGCUGGCGAAACGUUCGGUGACCAUGCACAAAAACCCUGCGUACAUCCUUUACUCCGACCCUUCGUGCCUGAACAAGUGGGGUUUCCUUUAUGUGCAGUAUCGCGCAACGGCAUACUACUUCGUCAUUCCUGUCUUGGCCUACAUCCUUGUCAAGGGCAUGUUCAUCGGUCUUAGUCAACCUGCCCCGGUCGUGCAGACUGUUGCCUUGGUCAUCAUUGAGGCCGCCAUGUUGAUUGGUGCUAGUGUGAUGCGCCCAUGGAUGGACAAGAAGACCAAUAUCUACAACAUCUCGAUCGCUGCCGUCAACUUCCUCAACUCCAUCUUUCUGCUCUUCUUCUCGGACGUCUUUAACCAGCCCGGUCUGGUGACUGGUGUUAUGGGUGUCGUCUUCUUCGUCAUCAACGCCGUGUUCGCCUUGGUCCUCCUGCUCUUGGUGCUUAUCGCCUCGAUCUAUGCCGUCGUGUCCAAGAACCCCGAUACCCGGUAUCAGCCCAUGAGGGAUGAUCGGGGUUCUUUCAUCAAGUCGCAGACCCAACUGACCACGGAGUUGGAUGCGCUGGGCGCCACUGCGCGUGGUGACAUGAAGACCACGGCCUACAAAUCCAGUCCGUUUGACGAUGACAAUGGAUCAUUCUCCAGCGGCAAUGGGGCCAGCAUCAACCGUCAGAACCUGGAACCGCAUGAUACGCCCCGCCAAGCGCCGCAUUCUCCGGUGGACCCCUCAGUGCCGCUGUUCCCCAGUAACAAUGGCGCUGCUACGCGGGGUCCUCCUGGCUUUGACGCUCGGUCACCAUCACCGGUACCACGCGGCUACAACGCAUCUCCUCUCAACGGCAUGCCGGCCUACCGGGCACAGAACAACCCCAGCCCGUGGCAGAGAGGUGCGGGAUACGAGCACUAA